AUGCCCGGGGAACAGCCGACCUCCAUCGCGACAACUCCAUCUCUUCCCCGGAUUUUGCAUGCAGACGCAGACCUGCUCGCGAUGCCGUCCGCUAGCUCCUCAUCCCUGUCGCUCGCCUUCCUGGUCGCUGGCUAUCUCAACGCCCGCUGCACGACAGCCCCGAACCAAGCCAGCGUCCCCCAUGGCACCGACCGCGUCCGCUUCUUGACGACAAUCCCAUCAGUACUCUCCACGCACAUCUCCAACCUAGUCGUUCUAUAUCACGCCCUCGUAACGCUCUUCUGGACCUCUUCCUCUUCUGAUCUCGAGAUCAUCGACCGACUGUGUCCCUACCCAGACCACCUCAACGCCCAGCGCGUCACCUGGAACGCUCGCACGGUCGGAUACCUCUCGCUCCUCGCAGUCGGCGCCUUAAUCCGACUCAGCGCAUACGGCGGGCUCGGGCGCAACUUCACGUUCCAGCUCGCGAAGCCCGACAGGCUGGUCACGUCGGGGGUAUACAGGUAUCUGCAGCAUCCGAGCUACACAGGGCUUGUGCUGGUGCUGCCGAGUUUUGCGGGGCUGGUUGUGAACCGGCUGGAUACGCCAAUCGCGUGUCUCAUCCCGGGGCCAUUGCUGGCACUAUUGAGGGACUGGGAGAUUGUGUUGGGGGCGAUAACAGGCGCGGUGCUGGUUGUCACUUUGGCGGUGCGGAUUCGCGAUGAGGAGAGGAUGCUGAGGGAGAAGUUUGGCAGAGAAUGGGAAGAAUGGCACGCGAGGACGGCGAGGAUCAUUCCAGGAUUAUUCUGA